ACUAUACUGUCAUAAUGAAAUUUGGCAUACCAGGUUGAUACGAGAAACCGUUGAAACGACACUUAUCUAGCGAUUUAUUACGAAUCCUUCGUAAUAAAUCGCAACAUUAGAGAAAUUGGUGCUUAAUUUCAUCCUUUCCCCUAUCUCAAAGCAAUAAAACGCGAGAUUACGCUGGGAUAUAAAAAGGUCAUUUUCUCGGUUUCUUUUUGUCUUUCUUGGUCAUUGCUGAAUUGAUUUUGAAUGAUUCAAUUGUUUUGUUUUUGUUUUUUUUUAUAGUCUCGUAAUUUUGUAUUUAUCUUCAGUUUUAUCUUCAUUUUCUAGUUUGAAUUGCUAAAAAGCUGUAAUUUGUCGUGUCUUUUUCAUAUACGACUGACUCUUGUUACUGCCACGAUUUGAUAUAAAAGAAGAAAUGGGCGAUCCUAAUUUGGUGACGACACCAAGAAGGAAAAGUAUCGAAAAGAAACCUUUGGAGGUCGAUUUGGAAUCCCAAUCGCAGUCCCAAUGGAUGAAGAAGUCCAAAUUAAUAUGUCAAAGGAUCUUGUAUGGUCUGCUGUUUAUUAUCCUGGGCUAUGCGACGUUGAGUUUAUUAGUUUUUUUAAGAUUAUAUCCGGAUCGCGUUCAAUAUCUUAAGUCUUUACGGGUUGCUAACGAUUCUUUUUGUUAUCAACCUCCUGUACUCGUAUCUUCUACGAAAGAACCUUUUUUGGACACCAAAGAUAUCAGCUGCUCUAACUUCAUCAACUCGCCCGAAUAUUGGAAUGAGAGCCUUGCACGUUUUCAAAAAGUGUUGCGCGUUCCAACUGUCUCUUACGAUGAUCUGGGCGAUGUUGGCGAAGAUGACCGGUGGAACAUUUUCGGCGAUUUGCACGACGUUUUCCGCGAAAUUUUCCCCAAUAUCUUUGAAAAGUUACAAGUUGAAUACGUUGCUACCUAUGGCCUUUUGAUAACCUAUAAAGGCUCCAACGACGACUUGAAACCUCUUGUUCUUAUGGCCCAUCAAGACGUGGUCCCCAUUGCAGAGGCUACCUUGGACAAAUGGUUUUUCCCUCCUUUCAGCGCAACUUACAAGGACGGAGUUGUGUAUGGCCGUGGUGCUACCGACGAUAAAAAUUCACUGGUUGCCAUUUUUGAAGUUUUGGAAUUGCUUGCUUCCUCUGACUUUACGCCAGAGCGCACUGUGAUUGCAUCAAUUGGCUUUGAUGAAGAAAUCUCUGGGUAUCAUAGUGCUUUGCCUUUGGCAAAACGUCUUUACGAGAUUUAUGGUCAAGAUGGAAUUGAGCUUAUCCUCGACGAAGGCGGCUUUGUUUCCGAGUAUUAUGGUACUUACUUUGCUGCUGUUUCUGUCGCAGAGAAGGGUUAUAUGGACGUCGUAUUAAACUUGAAAACUCCUGGCGGCCAUUCUUCUAUCCCUCCUCCUCACACAAACAUCGGUAUUAUGAGCAAGCUAAUCCCACACAUUGAAAAUCCUUUCGCUGGAUCUUUGGUUCUCGAAAAUCCUUUCUUUUCUUCCUUGGAAUGCUUCGCCAAGUAUAGUAAGGAUAUAGAUGAACGACUCCGUACUUUAAUUUUGAGAAAAGAUACAGCUGCAUUGACUGAUAUUCUUUCCAAGGACAAAGAAACACGCUACUUUUUCGAAACUUCCAUCGCUGUCGACGUUAUUCGCGGCGGCGUAAAGGUGAAUGCAUUACCCGAAGAAACAUUUGUUCAUGUGAAUCAUCGUGUUUCUGUCGAGAAGAACCUUAAUCAAUUGUAUGACCACUAUGAACAGCUCGUGGGUCAGUUUGCAAAAGAGAAUCAUCUGAAUCUUACCGUUUUUGAUGGUAGUCAAGCUAUUUCUUAUCCUGACGCUAUCGGCCAGUUUUCUCUUUCGACGAUGAAGACUCUUGAACCUUCUCCUGUUUCUCCAUAUGGAAAUGGUGCUUCCGCUUAUGAGAAACUUGGCGGUGCAAUCAAGUAUACUUUCGGUAAUCAGACUCUUGUCGCACCUGCAUUGAUGCCUGCAAACACAGACACCCGUCAUUACUGGAAUCUAACAAAGAGUAUUUACCGCUGGACCCCUGUGUCUCCCAGAGCUGCUGAAAUCACUGAUGACUUUAAUGCUCAUACUGUCAACGAGAACAUGCCUUACCAAGGACAUAUAGAUGCUAUCACUUUCUAUUAUAACUUUAUUCGUCAUUACGAUUAAUGAGAAGACUAAUUGCUUUACUACCUUCCAGUAUGACCUUCCUUAUGUUUGUAAUUUACUCUUCGCUAUUACUCUCCAAUACAUUGAAUUACUCUAAUCAAACUCUUUAUAAUGGAAUUUAAUUAAGCUUCCUUUCGAAUUCUAGUCAUGAUUGGUAGUGGGUUUACAGAGUCCUUUUUUUUUUAGUAAUUCGUAGGUAAACAGUCUUAGUCUUAUUGCAUAUGAAAAUUCUGAUUAAAUAAAAAAAGUCUAACAAC